CGGGCGCACCCUAUCUCCCGCUUGAGUCCGGCCCCCUGGUCGUCCCCUCGGCCCCGGCUGCCUCAGACUGAACAAAAUGAAACCAGGAAGCUUUUGGCUGCAUCUUACACUGCUUGGGUUCUCCCUGCCAGCUGCGCUGGGAUGGAUGGACCCAGGAACCAGCAGAAACCCGAACGUGGCUGUGAGGGAGUCACAGGCAGAGGAAUCAAGAAGCUUUGAAGUCACAAGAAGAGAAGGGCUCUCCAGCCACGGGCAGCCAACCUCCUGUGGGAAGAAGCUCUGCAGCCGCGGGAGCCGGUGUGUGCUCAGCAGGGAGACUGGGGAGCCCGAGUGCCAGUGCCUGGAGGCCUGCAGGCCCAGCUACGUGCCGGUGUGCGGCUCCGAUGGGGUUCUCUACGAGAACCACUGUGAGCUCCACCGUGCCGCCUGCCUGCUGGGCAAGAAGGUCAUCGUCGUCCACAGCAAGGACUGUUUCCUCAAAGGCGACACGUGCACCAUGGCCGGCUAUGCCCGCCUGAAGAAUGUCCUUCUGGCGCUCCAGACUCACCAGCAGCCACUCCACGAAGUGGAAAACAGGCAGGACCCUGCUUCCCAAAAGCGUCUCCUGGUGGAAUCUCUGUUUAAGGACUUGGAUGCCGAUAGGAACGGCCACCUCAGCAGCUCUGAACUGGCUCAGCACAUGUUGAAGGAGCAGAAUCUAGAAGGGGACUUUCUGGGGUGUACGCCAGGAGACCUCCUCCGAUUUGACGACUACAACAGCGACAGCUCCCUGAGCCUACACGAGUUCUACACAGCCUUCCAAGUGGUUCAGCUCAGCCUCGCCCCAGAGGACAGAGUCAGUGUGACUACAGUGACGGUGGGACUGAGCACAGUGCUGACCUGUGCUAUCCGUGGAGACCUGAGGCCACCAAUUGUCUGGAAGCGCAACGGGCUCACCCUAAACUUCCUGGACUUGGAAGACAUCAAUGACUUCGGAGAGGAUGACUCCCUGUACAUCACCAAGGUGACCACCAUCCACAUGGGCAAUUACACCUGCCACGCCUUGGGCCACGAGCAGCUGUUCCAGACCCACGUCCUGCAGGUGAAUGUGCCGCCUGUCAUCCGCGUCUAUCCAGAGACCCAGGCACAGGAGCCUGGAGUGGCAGCCAGCCUGAGAUGCCAUGCUGAGGGCAUUCCCAUGCCCAAAAUCACUUGGCUGAAAAAUGGCAUGGAUGUCUCAGCCCAGAUGUCUAAACAACUCUCACUUUUAGCCAAUGGGAGUGAGCUCCAUAUCGGCAGUGUUCGGUAUGAAGACACAGGUGCAUACACCUGCAUUGCCAAAAAUGAGGUGGGCGUGGAUGAAGAUAUCUCCUCACUCUUCAUUGAGGACUCAGCAAGGAAGACCUUGGCAAACAUUCUGUGGAGAGAGGAAGGACUCAGUGUGGGAAACAUGUUCUACGUCUUCUCCGAUAAUGGUAUCAUUGUCAUCCACCCCAUGGACUGUGAGAUCCAGAGGCACCUCAAACCCACAGAGAAGAUUUUCAUGAGUUAUGAAGAAAUCUGUCCCCAAGGAGAAGAAAGUGCCACCCAGUCAUGCCAGUGGGCAUCUGCGGUUAACAUCAGGAACCGGUACAUCUAUGUGGCCCAGCCAGCACUGAACAGAGUCCUUGUGGUCGACGUUCAAGCCCAGAAAGUCCUACAGUCCAUAGGUGUGGAUCCUCUGCCGGCUAAGCUGUUCUAUGACAAGUCACAUGACCAAGUGUGGGUCCUGAGCUGGGGGGACAGGCACAAGUCUCAACCAAGCCUCCAGGUGAUCACAGAAGCUAGUGCUGGCCAGGGCCAGCACCUCAUCCGAACAACCUUUGCAGGAGUGGAUGAUUUCUUCAUUCCUCCAACAAACCUCAUCAUCAACCACAUCAGGUUUGGCUUCAUCUUCAACAAAUCUGACCCUGCAGUUCACAAAGUAGACCUAGAGACACUGAUGCCCCUCAAGACCAUAAGCCUGCAAAGCCAUGGCUGUGUGCCCCAAGCCAUGGCACACACCCACCUGGGAGGCUACUUCUUCAUCCAGUGCCAACAGGACACCCCCACCUCCACCACCCCGCAGCUGCUCAUUGACAGUGUCACAGAUUCUGUUCUGGGUCUCAACAGUGACGUAACGGGGACCCCCCAUGUGUCUCCCGAUGGGCGCUUCAUUGUCAGCACCGCCGCCAACAGUCCCAGGUUUCACGUGCAGGAGGUCACAAUGAGGGGGGAGAUCCAGACCCUGUAUGACCUGAAAAUAAACCCGGGCAUCUCGGACUUGGUGUUCCAGCACUCCUUCACCGAAGGUAAUCAGUAUGACAUCUAUGCCACCCUGGAGACACAGCCCGACCUGCUGUUCCUGGAACUGUCCACAGGGAAGAUGGGCAUGCUGAAAAACUUAAAGGAACCACCCACAGGGCCAGCCUGGCCCUGGGGAGGACCUCGCAGAAUCCUGAGGGACAGCGGGCUAUUUGGACAGUACCUCCUCACGCCAGCCCAAGAGUCACUGUUCCUGAUCAAUGGUAGACAAAACACACUGCGGUGCGAGGUGUCUGGCAUAAAGCGGGGAUCCACGGUGGUGUGGGUGGGCGAGGUAUGA